AAACUUUCUAAUAAUUCUCUUGCGUUCUUUCCUCCAUUCUCUUUGCAAUUGCUAGUGUCUUAGGUUGACUUGUCUUAACAAGAGCGUGAGCAAGUGGUGCAAGAACGUGAGUGAAUUGUCAAGUACCCCACAUGUACUUAGUUGAAGUCUAGUUUGUGACAUUGGGGUGUAUAUUAUUAGAAGAAAUAUGAUAAACUGCAAAUUGUCAAAAAUGCAAAUAUUAAGGGUGCAAAAUGUAAAAAAGUUCAUUAUAGUGUACCAGAUCUUGAAAGCUAAGAAAAAACAAGAACGACGCCGCUCGUUGUGUCAACAGAGCAGAAAGGGCAAAAUAGCAGAACUCGCUACUAGGUGAGACAAGGUGGUAUCCCCCGAGCUGAGAAGACUCAAAACUUAAAGAGAUAAGAUGGUGAAAGUGGCGACAUUCUUUGCUAUGUCACUAGGAGCUUUCGCUUUCUGGCAAACAAUGGACAAAAUCCAUGUCUGGAUCGCUCUCCAUCAGGAUGAAAAGCAAGAGAGAAUGGAGAAGGAAGCAGAGAUCAGAAGAAUAAGAGCAGAGCUAAUCAGAGAAAACAAAGAGCGGGAGUCUCUUGCCUAAGCUGGGAAGAAUUGCAAACCUGGUGGCAUUCAAUUAAACAAUUUGUGUUUUCUGUCUUUCUGAAUGUUUCUGCACUUACGCUUCUAUUCUGAAUUUCCAUAAAAAUCAUGUAAUGAUGGUCAUGAAUGUCUUCAAUGUACUUUAGUUUGGACCUGUCUCAGGACUCUGCUGUCAAUAGCAUGAUUUUCUUGCACUGUUAAUCAUGUAGCUACUUUUAAUAUGACAAUAAAUACCAAUUUGUUUUUGGUUUGGUUGGAGCAAA